AUCUGAUUUUAAAAAAAUUGAUAAUACUCUUCCUUGAGAUAUUUGAAAUCUUUUCUACGUUUAGUUCAAAAUUAUACAAAUUAUUAUAAAUGCCAAGUACUGUAUAAAUUUGUGUAUCUAUUAUUGGUAGUGACGAGUUUUUAAAUUAAAAAAAAACGAAUCGUCGAUGCUCGAUAAGGAAGGUGUGGAAAAAUCGGUUUUACCGACCGAUCUUGUGUAGUUUUAUUUGUAUUAUUCUUCUUGUUAAUAGAAUUGAGAAAGGCUUCUCCAGGAAUACGUUCAGAAAAGAUACAUAGUUACUCGUAAUUGCUCGUGGAGCAAUGCGGCUGUGAUGAGACAACGAAAAUCGGAAUUCACACUGCCUUCAAUAAAUUCUCUCAGUGGUGUUUUCCGUCCUUCGAUGACUCAAUUCUUUACAUUUAUAAAUCAACAUAUUCGUAUUUCGGGCAUGUGUUUAUUAUUGCAAAUCAAAUAUACUAGUAUUAGCGAGUAUUUGUUUCGAGGACCCGCGAUCAUGAUUUCCUGCUAUAUCCACUGAGAAAAGAGCGGAAGUUGUAAAAUUCGACAAAUAUUCAUUGAAAUUCCCUUGAUUUUGGUAUAUUGAAUAAUUUCAAAUAAGCACGCGUGUGUCGAGAGGAGAAAAAAAAAUAAGUGAAGAAGUGUUAUUUCACAAAAUUUCAGUGAUAAGUGUGUUGGAAAAAUAAUUUUCUCAAUGGAUUUUUGAAAUAAUGUCGAAAAAUUGUGCGAAAAUCACGAUAUUGGUGAAAGAUUGCGGUCUUUAAGGAGCGACACAAAAAUGGAUGGAGAAAUCAAACCGCUGAGGAGAUUCUAAUCAACCUAAAUGCUGCUCGAGGUCUGCUCAAGAAACAUGGACGUGGAAUUAGUGGCUCGGACAUCCCUCUCCUCUCUUCAUAAAGUGGACGAGAAUCUCAUCAUCUCGCCCAAUAAUCUUGACGAUUGGACAUGGUCCAGCCUCCGGAAACAAUUCAAGUACAAGAGCUUGGAAAAGCUCUUUACGAUCUAUCAAAGGAGGAUCCAAAAUGGGUAUCUUUCGCUUUUCAUCCUUCUGCAAUUGGUGCUUAGCGUUGCUCAUUGCACUGUAUUAAUUAUAAUGGUGACGAUACAAAAAUCAGUGCCGGACGUGGUGACCUACUGUUUGGUAGCGGCACUUCUCUGUCCGGUAAUAGCACUUUCGUUUAGGACAAAAUUAAUUGCAAAGAAAGCUUAUCUUCCGGUUAUUCUGUCAUGUGUUAUUGUCGCCCUUCUUGUAAUCGGCGAUUUAGCCGUACCUCUUUACUACACGUUUACCAGCGCCGAGGACGGUCCGCCGAUAAGGCCAGCGUACGCUACUCAUGCUCUUUUGGCCUGUUACGUUUUUCUGCCGCUGACGGAAAAUUUGCACGCUUUCAUUUUGGGAAUGACGACGACUUUUACUUAUCUGUCAAGUUUGUAUCUUGUCACGUACAGGAAUAUGCCGGAUAUAAAAAGCAGGAUGAUUACGGACUCAAUAUAUUUCGCUAGUGUGAAUGGCUUAGGAUUAUACUUCAGAUUUAUGAAUGAAGUCGUCAUCAGGAGAUCAUUUUUGGAUCGAAGAAAAUGUGUUGAAUCCACAUUGAGACUUAAUUACGAAAAGGAUCAAGAAGAGCAACUCACUCGGAGUAUUUUACCUCCCCACUUUGCAGCAAAGAUCAAAAAAGAUUUUCGUGAUAUUUUCAAAUUUAUCGAAGAGCACAAGAAACCACCGCCAAAGGGACGACACCGCAACGAUUUGUACGUUGAAACGCACAAUAAUGUCAGUAUUCUCUAUGCGGACGUGGUGAAUUUUUCCGGACUCACUGUCACAUUGCCAGUGAAAAAAUUAGUGGAGACGCUUAACGAUCUUUUUGGAAGUUUCGACGAGGCUUCAGAGAGACACAAUGUCCUUAGGAUAAAAUUUUUAGGAGACUGUUAUUAUUGUGUGAGUGGUGUGCCAACUCCAAAUGCUCAACACGCAAAAAGUUGUGUGGAUCUCGGUUUGGACAUGAUCAAGAUCAUUAAGGAAGUACGAGCAAGAGUGAAACGUGAAAGUGGAGUUGACGUGAAUAUGCGAAUUGGCGUACAUUCUGGAAAGAUUAUAUCGGGUAUUCUUGGUGCCAAUAAAUGGCAGUAUGAUGUCUGGUCACGCGAUGUAGUCAUUGCUAACAAAAUGGAGCAAACUGGCAAACCUGGAAAAGUUCACAUUACUCAAGAAACUCUCAAUCUUCUAGACGCCAAUCAAUAUGAUUGCGUUCCAGCUGAAACGAUAAAUGAUGAGACACUCAAGAAAUAUGGUAUUAAGAAAAGUUACCUGAUCACACCCACAUUACCUGCUUCACCAGAAUCGCCGAACAGCGAGAACCCCUUGACACUUUUAUCACCAAGUACUCCGCCGCCGAGUAAACAUUACGUGAGAUGGUACAAUGUGCGACCCAGCACGACAAUUGGACCUUCAGCAAGAAGUACGAGAAGACUCACGUCGACGAUGAAUAAUCACGCUGAUGUUUUUGCAUGCAGCUAUCGAAGAAGAACGCACUUUAUGGACUCAUGCCUCAAGGAUUAUCAUCUUAUGCUAAAAGCUGCUGACGCUGAAAUGGAAAAUGCUAUUAAGCAAAUGCCCCUCAGCAAAUGGGAGAUUGGUUUUUUUUUCGACAGACAAUGGUGUAAAUGGGAACACAUCAAUCCUCUUUUUCUGACUUUUCCUGACAGAAGUUGGGAAAUACCAUUUUGGAAGGAGCCAGAUCCUCUUUUUAAAUUUUACGUCGGUUGUGCAGCGCUUGUUCUGCUCUCUAUGGGUCUCAUUUUUCUCGUUCCUUCAUUAUCACUCUCGCAGUGGCACUUGACAACGUCCGUUGGUUAUACGGUGGUAAUGCUGUUUUUAGUAGCGCUGAUACCCCUCACUUGGAUGCAUUUUAUCUGGAAUAGAUAUAAAGAUCCUCACGAUGAACAUGAAGGACAUUUUCCGCAACCAACGAAUAAACUUCUUCAUUUUAUGUACCAGACGAGUAUCAAGGUUGUUUGGAGCGCACUACUGAGAACGAUACUUUAUUUAGUAAUUUCGAUAAUGUUGGCUACGUGUGCAAUGCUCGAUUUAUUGUUUGAGUGUCAUAAUUCGGAUAAACUUUCAUCGAAUAAUGUAACUUCGGACAUUGCGGAAGUUGGUUCGGCGAAUUUGGAUUGCAUGUCGACACCAUGGCAAAUGACGGAAACCUGUUCGUUGGCAAUUCUGACCAGUUUUCUCUUUCUCCGAGUUCACUAUCUUCUUAAAUGGUUAAUUGGAGUGUUUAUUGUAAUCUUUUACAGUUGGAAUAUCUGGUACAAUCGAGCUCUUAUAUUCAAGUCUGGAGAGACGUGGAAUCCUUACCUGGAGCCAGAAUUGGCGCAUUGUUUGAGUGUUGCUUUCUUGACCUUCUCAUUGCAUCUCAUAGAUCGUCAGGCAGAGUACUUAAGCAGACUGGACUACCAAUGGAAGCGACAGCUGACCAAGGAGCAGGACGAAGCUUUUCAUACUCGAAACGCAAACAAAUUACUGCUAAGGAACAUCCUACCUGAACACGUUGCGGAAUUUUAUCUGAAUAUGAAUCGAACCGAGGAAAAUGAACUUUAUCAUGAGGCACAUGAAAAUGUAGCAGUAAUGUUUGCGUCCCUCACGGAUUUAUCGAUUGACGAGAGCAAUAUUUUGGUUGACUUAAAUGAGAUUAUUUGCGAAUUCGACAAGCUGCUGUUUGAAUCUGAUUUUAAUUGUAAAAUCGAAAAAAUUAAGAUAGCUGGUACGACUUACAUGGCGGCUUGUGGAUUGGAGGCAUCAAGGAGAGAUUCUAUUUACAGUACGGGAAGCACGGGAAGUACAGGAAGCGAAGAUGACACACAGGGUCAUUAUGAUGUUGUGAAACUUAUGGCCCAAUUCGCCGCACAAAUGAUUAUUGUUCUUGACAAAAUGAAUGCUGAUGCAUUUACUUGCAAUAAACCAUACGUAUUGAGAAUAGGAAUAUCGCAUGGUGAAGUCACGGCCGGCGUUGUCGGUGCUCAGAAACCGCUUUACGAUAUUUGGGGAGAUGCUGUAAAUAUGGCAUCGCGAAUGGACACUACUGGCGUCGCUGGAAAAAUUCAGGUUACUAAAGAGACGGCCGCAGUUUUAGAGCAGAAUGGCGUGAAAUGUCAUAAACGAGGUGAAACUUGGGUGAAACCAAAGGGUUUCGUGACCACUUAUUUUGUCGGUAUCGACGAAAAUAAACAACUUCAAAGAACAGAAUACGUUGAGGAAACAAAUUUAUGACAAAAGCGUUUACACGUUGAGAAACCAUCGCUAAAAGUUUCGCAUCGUAAAAAAAGAAACUGCAGGGAUCAAAGUGGAUUCAAGAAGAAACCAAAGACAUUUGUCAAACCAAAGAAGAGUUAGACAAAAAACAAAUGAUAACAAGAAUCUGCAAAAAAAGAAAAGAAAGAAAAAUUUUAUCGCCGCCACUCUUCUCUCUUAAAUGUUGCUGGAAAACAAUCAUUAUUUUUAAAAAUGUAGUCACAAGAAAAUUGAUUAUUCAGAACAAUUUAGAACAAUGGAAAUUUAUAAAAAUCGUCUCGAUGUUUCCUAAAACAUAACAAAAAAAAAUUAUUACUAAUUAUUGUAAUAAUUUGCAAAAAAUACACAAUUACAAAAUUAGUCGUAAUAAUCAUUUUGCGACUGCGGAAUUAAUUUUUCCGCGAUAUCAGUACAAUUACGUUAAUAAGUGGGACGCAAACGAUAAUCAAAAUGGACGAGACUGAAAGUCGGCUCUAAGUACGAUUUUGAAAUGGAGAUUUUUCGCACACUUAUUCAAAUACUAUAUCAAUUUAUGUUGUAUCCCAGAAUCGUGCUGUGAAUUAAAUUUUUAAAAAUACGUAACAAAUUUGCCAUUUUCACAAAAUAGAAAGAAAUUAAGUCUCCUUUCAAUUUACAUGUGGAGUAAAUUUUAAAGGUUCAUUUCAACAUUUGUAAAUAUUCACGCAUAUAUUUUCCUAAGGACCUAAUUUAGGUUGUGAAUUAAUUUAACGACCUAAUUUCAUUCUAAAAGUAGAAUUUAAAACGAAUUAAAUUAAACGUUCAACAAUUAAACUGAAAAUUAAUUAAUUACAUUGACAAUUAAUUAAGCUGAAAAUUAACUACAUUGAAAAUUAAUUAAGUUGAAAAUUAAUUACAUUGCAAAUUAAUUAAGUUGAAAAUUAAUUACAUUGAAAAUUAAUUAAGUUGAAAAUUAAUUAAAUUAAAAAUUAAUUAAUGGAAAAAUUACAAGUUUUUUUUAGUAAAAGAUAUUUUUUAGCGUAAAAAGAAGGAAAACUCGAUUCUGGUUUAACAACCUCGAAAACAUACAUAUAUUCACGAUCACAUUAUUCUCAUGACAUUCCAAAAUUUAUUUAUAUUUUUCUAUUCAUCUUAGUUCUUUUAUUUUUUUUUUUUUAAUGAAAUAAAUAAACAGUGGAAAAUAAUAAUUUCCUUGAACAAAAUACAACAAUUAAUAGAUUCAAGCGUAAUUAGAGCGUUUCAUUGAUCCAUUAUAUCUCGUAAAAUUGCGCGUAUGUAUUAUUUUUGUACAUGGCGGGUGAAAGAAGAAGAAAAUUGUCUACCUGCCUUCCUAUUAAUUUGUAAAUACCUCCUGUAUAUAUAUUUUUUCAAGUUGUAAAUCUCUCUGACAAGUGUGAUUAUUCCAUAAUUUUAAUAAAGUAUUUAUUAUAGUCACUA